AAUGAAGUAUCUCGUAUAUCCAAUAAGUUAAUUAUCGACCUUCAGAUUAGUAAUUGGUAUUAAAAUUAGAUAAAAUGAGAAUGAGCAAAGUAUAUUAGCCUUAUUAAUUGGCCGUAUCUCCAUAAUCAUUGAAGAAAUAGACUUGAUCAUUAAUUUUAUAUCCAAAGGAUAAUAGGUGUACUUAUUUAAUGAUUGAAAUAAAUGUAUUUAUAAAAAUAUGAA